UUAACAAAGUACCGCAAUUUUGAUCUCAAUAAGAUAAGAUGGAGCAAAAAUGGCGUCCGAUGGUGCAGAUAGUGCACACUUUGUGUAGCUAUCUAUACUAAGUGCAAUUUUUCUAACCUUGAUCCUGGUUUAUCCUGUGUCCUGUUGUGUGUGAGAUUCACUUCACAUAGUAUGAAUUAUUUAGGGUUAUUGCAUCCGUACGUGUAAACAAGAAUUCAUAACAAAGAUGCAAUCCGACGAUGAAUUGCUAGAAGAUGAGGAAGAAAUGCUCGUUUACGUAGAAUUCGAGGGACUUAUUGGUAGCAAUGUAUUUAAUAGUAAGGAACUUCAAUUAGAUAUGAUUGGAAUAGACACGGAGCAUCCUAUAAUGCAAAUUAAUGGACGGUUUUAUGAGGGAUCUUACGAAGACGUUGUGGGUACUUACAUGUUCUUUGAAAAAGAUGAUAAUCCUCAUGUGGAGGAUGUUGUAUUCGACAAAGUGCCGACUCUAAAAUAUUUUGCCAAAACAAGGAAAAUACUAAAGAUGCAGAGAGUUUUUACAAAAUCAAGAGCCGGGGUUUUUGGUAAUUCCGAACAUGAUAGUUGUAUUCCAAAUAUUGAUACUUUAUCACAAGCAGGUGUGCCUCCGAAGUAUCAAGAGGAAGCCCUCCAAUAUUGGAAUAAGAUACGUGAUGAUAAACUAGAAGAAUUAAGUGCAUUUUUGGAGAAACAAAAAAUUAGAGAAGAAAAAAAAGCCAAAGGUAUUUUGCUAGAUUCGGAGUCUGACGAAGAUAAUUACUUUAUACCAGAUCAAAUCAAAGAAAAGUCAGAAAAAACUGAUUGUACAUGAAAACUCAUUUAUUUGUGUCUGAAAAAGUAAAUUCUCUAAUCAUUCUUUAACCACUAAUAUGUUGAAAGCUCCUAAUUUUGAUAAAUUUAUUUUUAAGGACGUAAUAUCAAGAAUAUAUGAG